UUUUGUCUCUCUUCCUUAGUUAAGAACAAAAAAAGGAGAGACCUUUAACGAUUUUCUGAGGGUAAGAUCCAGAGAUUGAUUGAAUCAGCUUAAUAUUUUUUAUAAAUUCAGUUGAUUGUUACUCAGACUUGUAACUAGGACCGUCUUCUCAUGAAUCAUGACUUCUUCAGUACAUGAGCUCUCUGAUAACAAUGAAAGUCAUGGGAAGAAAGAACGUCCAGAUUCCCAAACAAGACCACAGAUUCCUUCAGGACGAAGUUCGGAAUCUAUUGAUACAACAAACUCUGUCUACUCAGAGCCCAUGGCACAUGGGCUAUACCCGUAUCCAGAUCCUUACUACAGAAGCAUCUUUUCACAGCAAGCAUAUCUUCCACAUCCCUAUCCUGGGGUCCAAUUGCAGUUAAUGGGAAUGCAACAGCCAGGAGUUCCAUUGCAAUGCGAUGCAGUCGAGGAACCUGUUUUUGUUAACGCAAAGCAAUACCACGGUAUACUCAGGCGCAGGCAAUCCCGGGCAAAACUUGAGGCACGAAACAGAGCCAUCAAGGCAAAGAAGCCAUACAUGCAUGAAUCUCGGCAUUUACAUGCGAUAAGACGGCCAAGAGGAUGUGGCGGACGGUUUCUCAAUGCCAAGAAGAAAAAUGGAGACCACAAGGAGGAAGAGGAGGAGACAACCUCUGAUGAGAACACUUCAGAAGCAAGUUCCAGCCUCAGGUCUGAGAAAGUAGCCAUGGCUGCUUCUGGUCCUAAUGGUAGAUCUUGAGGAAGGUUCAUGCACAACCACAAGUUUAGUGUCUAUCUUGGGUGGAUGUUUGUCUCAGAGCAUCAUCGUCUUUAGUGAUUUUGGAUACUCUGUGUAUAGGUUAUAUGCUAGGGUAACUUUGUUUUAGUGAUUAGAAAUAAAACUAAGCAAAGAAAUGAAAAGUGUGAUUGAAAGUAUUGUUGAACCAAAUUGAUAUUCUUUGCCAAUGAACUCAUAUGUUUUGGAAAGUAAAUUAAUGUUCUUAGCUUUGUUUGCUA